UAUGUUUGAUAUAAGUUGUACGUGUAUCCGAUUUGUUUGGCAUUAGAAAAAAAUUAAAGUGACACGUCCACCCACCCUGUCAAUGUUCCACGGUUUCCCGAAUUCUGCAUGACAAUUUUUCAUGUUUUAACUAUUAAAAAUGCCGUUGCGAUUGGAUAUCAAGAGGAAGUUGACGGCCAGGUCGGAUCGCGUCAAAUGCGUGGAUCAGCAUCCUACAGAACCCUGGGUGCUUUGCUCACUAUACAACGGCGACGUCAAUAUUUGGAAUUAUGAAACUCAUACACAGAUUAAAAGAUUUGAGGUAUGUGACCUGCCUGUGCGUGCAGCAAAAUUUGUGCCGAGGAAGAAUUGGGUGGUCACCGGUUCAGAUGAUAUGCAAAUAAGAAUAUUUAACUACAACACAUUAGAAAGAAUUCACAAUUUCGAGGCCCACUCAGACUAUGUCAGGUGUAUUGUCAUACAUCCCACACAACCUUACAUAUUGACCAGUAGUGAUGAUCUUCUUAUUAAGCUUUGGAAUUGGGAUCGCAACUGGGCCUGUCAGCAAGUGUUUGAAGGACACACCCAUUAUGUAAUGCAAAUCGCUAUCAACCCCAAGGACAACAACACAUUUGCUAGUGCUAGUCUUGACACAACUGUUAAGGUGUGGCAGCUUGGUUCCUCUAUCUCAAAUUUCACAUUAGAAGGACAUGACAAAGGAGUGAACUGUGUUGAUUAUUACCAUGGUGGUGACAAACCUUACCUCAUUAGUGGUGCUGAUGACCGGCUCGUUAAAAUCUGGGACUAUCAGAACAAGACCUGUGUACAGACACUUGAAAGCCACGUACAGAAUGUCUCAGCCGUUUCGUUCCAUCCCGAGCUGCCAAUACUUCUAACAGGUUCCGAAGAUGGGACAGUCAGGCUUUGGCAUGCGGGUACUUACAGGCUGGAGUCAUCUCUUAACUAUGGCUUUGAACGUGUAUGGACUAUAUCAGCAUUGCAUGGUUCAAACAAUGUUGCUAUUGGGUAUGAUGAAGGCACUAUUAUGAUAAAGGUAGGCAGAGAAGAACCAGCUAUUUCUAUGGAUGUGAACGGAGGCAAAAUCAUAUGGGCUAAGCACUCUGAAAUGCAGCAGGUUAACUUAAAGGCAUUACCCGAAGGCACAGAGAUCAAGGAUGGUGAGCGUGUACCAGUGGUCGCAAAGGACAUGGGAUCCUGUGAGAUCUACCCUCAGACCAUUGCACACAACCCCAAUGGCCGCUUUGUUGUUGUAUGUGGUGAUGGGGAGUACAUCAUAUACACCGCCAUGGCACUUAGAAAUAAGGCAUUUGGAACUGCCCAGGAAUUUGUGUGGGCUUUGGAUAGCUCUGAAUAUGCUACACUUGAGAAUUCAAGUACUGUGAAAGUAUUUAAGAACUUCAAGGAGAGGAAGAGUUUUAAGCCUGAAUAUGGUGCCGAGGGUAUCUUCGGUGGGUUCAUGUUGGGUGUGAAGUCUAUAAGUGGCAUGGCGUUCUCGUUCUAUGACUGGGAACAAUUGGAACUUAUCAGAAGGAUCGAGAUCCAACCACGCCAUGUGUUCUGGUCGGAGAGUGGAAACCUGGUCUGUCUUGCGAGUGACGAAUCGUACUUCGUGCUCAAGUACAACCCUUCUGUGGUUACCAGAGCGAGAGAGACGAACACAAACAUCACUGAGGACGGUAUCGAGAACGCUUUUGAGGUUGUUGGCGAGGUCAACGAGACCGUGAAGACGGGUCUCUGGGUCGGCGACUGCUUCAUCUACACGAAUUCGUUGAACAGGAUAAAUUACUACGUCGGAGGAGAAAUCGUGACCGUGUCCCAUCUUGACCGCACCAUGUACAUCCUGGGAUAUGUUCCUAAAGAAAACAGGUUAUACCUUAACGAUAAAGAGUUGAACAUAGUUUCGUACUCGCUGCUGCUCCCCGUGCUGGAGUACCAGACGGCGGUGAUGCGAGGUGACUUCGAGACGGCGGACCGAGUGCUGCCCACUGUGCCUCACGAACAUCGCACAAGGGUCGCGCAUUUCCUUGAAAAACAGGGCUUCAAGCAACAAGCUCUUGCGGUAUCUACAGAACCGGAACACCAGUUCGAACUAGCCUUGGCACUUGGAGAGUUGAAGCAGUGCAAGCAGUUGGCUGAGGAGGCAGCACGCAUAGAGGGAGGGGAAGGAGACGGCCCGUCUCGGUCCUCAGCGGCGAGAUGGUCGAGACUCGGAGCAGCGGCGGCCUCUGCGGCGGACACGGAUCUCACGAAGAUAUGCUAUCAAAACGCACACGAUUACAGUGCUCUGUUGUUGUUCGCGGUCAGCACCGGCGACAAAGCGUUGUUGGAAGACGUAGCGAGAAUGUCCGCGGCGGAAGGAGACGACAACAUCGCCUUCGCGUCGUACUUCACACUGAACGACCUAGAUUCCUGCCUGCAGCUGCUCAUCAAGAGGAACAAGUUGCCAGAAGCCGCAUUCUUUGCCAGAUCAUACAUUCCAUCGAAGAUGAGCGAGGUGGUGAAGAUGUGGCGGGAGGCUGUGGGCGCUACUAAUAAGAAGUCUGGUCAGUCCCUCGCCGACCCCGAGCAAUAUGACAACCUAUUCCCAGAGUUUGAAGAAACAUUAGUGUUAGAAAAAUUCCAGCGUGAGUUCGCCUUCGAUUAUCACACGCAGAUGUCGAACCUGCCCGCCAACUCAAAGAUAUGCAACAUAGAAAGAGACCUGGUGCAGGAGAAGGCGGAAAUGGAGAGCCGAGGGCUCUGGAAACCAGGCCCGUCUGAUGAAAGCAGUACUGCGAAUAGAAUAUCGGAUAGAUUGGAAGAGAGCGCCGCUGAGAGGAAGCGUAAAGACUCACUGGACAUGGAGGAGAUAGAACGAGAGAUUAAUGACAUCGUGCUGGAGGACAGCGUCAACGACCUGGAUUUGUCGGACGACGCUGAUUUAAUUGAUUAAUGAAUAUCUAGAUUUUUUAUUUUAUAUUAAUAUUACGAUCAUAAAGUGUGUAUUUCCUAAAGUGCUAAUACGAUUAAGAUUAUUCUAGUAUUAUACACAUUUCUUUUAAAAAACGUUUUUAUUUCGUUCACCGUUCUCAUCUUCGUCUUAAUUGUCAUUUAUUUGCAUUAAUAUACAAUACAUUAGUAAUACGUAGUUAACUGAUGAUAUUAGUCAAUUAGCAUAUUUAAAUUUUCAAUGGGAGUCCAUUGCUUUGAAGUGAAUCAAGCUAAGCAUUGGCGUAAUCGAAUAUGCUUUUAGGAGACCUGUAAAAAUAUUUGUAUUUUCUUACCGGAUAAACCGUCGUUCAUAUUAGAGUUAAAUUAUCUUUGUCCGCCAUCUUAAAUAAGACGGUAUAAAUAAUAAAAUAAAGUUUGGUAAAUACACUUUUCAAAAAUAUUCCUUUAAGUCUUAUCUAAGUUCAUAGAUCGAAAAUAAUGUCAAGAUGUAGUGUUGGUAAAAAAUUUAUUAAAAAAACAAAUAUAUAUUAUAAAAUAUAACGCUAAAAUGAUAAAUUCAUUUAGAUUUUAGGCACAAUUUGAUCCGGUCCCUUCUUAUCGAUUCAUUAUUCUGACAACUGUACUUGUAUGAUUUUCGCUCGUUGGCACGUAUGCUGCGUCGGGUAUCCGUGCCACAGCGACUUCGCUACACCGAACCAGCCUAACGUAACACGUUGGCAACGUGCAACCUUACUGAAUGUCUGUGCCUUCAAUGUCUAGAGACAAACUUACUAUGGUACAUAAGAUAAUAAUUCCCGUACAACCAUGUACUUAAAUAUAAAUAAAAUAAUAGUCCACUCUAUUUAUCUGCAUUUUAUCGCACAAUUUUAUUGAUAAUAUAAUAUUAUGAAAUGGAUUUAGAAAAUAUUUAUUAUAUAAUGUUAAAGAUUGUUUACAAUUACCAUUAGGAAUAUUAGUGAAAUGUUCUUGUUUUGACAAUGCUGUGUUUUUGAAUAUGAUAUAGUAUAAUACACUAGAUACGCAGGACAAACACAUCGAAUUUGUGUUACUUAAAUAUUACUGGAUGAUUCAAAACACAGUUCAUCGUUAACGUUGCAAUAUUUAUGUGAUGGGUAAUCGAACCGACUGUUUUCGCUUCCUAAUAUUAAUCUUGUAUUGUAUAAUAAAUAAUUUAUGAGAUAAUGUAAAAUAUUUCAUUUAUUUUCUUAAUUAAAAGAGAUACUUAGUAAACACGUUGUUUAUUUUAACAUCCAUAUUAUUAAAAAUAGAAUUUCGUAUCGUAAAAGUUUUUUGAAUGUUACUAAAUAAAAGUAUUAUUAAUUGUCGCUGACUGACAAUUAGGACGAAGGAGCACUGUACAAAAGCUAUUCGUAAUGUACUUUACAUAGGUAAUAUGGCGGAAGUCAUGCUAGAAUAAAUGUUUGUAUGCCACAAUUAUUUACAAAAUGUAUUGUUUAUUCCAUAUGAAUUGUUAUAUAGAAAGUGUUCUCGCAGUACGUUUUAAUUAUCAAUAAAGUUUUGAACUAUA